AUGUCAUAUGGCGCCUUUUCCGAGCCCUUUGAGGAAUUCCCGGAUAUUCCACCUAUGAUUUCGGCCUCGGACGGGAGUGCCUUAUACGACGAUGGCUGGCGUAGCCUUGUGGGAACUAUCAUCGCAGCCAAUGAUGUCACAAACUUAUAUCGCUAUGCGGAAGUCCAUGGUACGUGCUUCUUCGGUCCUGGCGCUGAGGUGCACGAGUGGAACCCCGAUGAAUGGGACCCUUUCCUCCUGGCUGCAGAAAAGGGCAAUAUCGAUGUGCUUCGCACACUUGCGGAAAUUUUUCAGUCCGAUCUCAGUCAAAUGGAGCCACUUGAAGCUCGAUUUAGGCGUAAGAACAUUCACCUACUGAGUGUCGCAUGUCUCUAUGCUCGGUUCGAGACGGCAGAAUAUCUCCCAAGCUGCGGCCCUCCCUUAGGGGGCAAGUUGAAUGACCAGGAAUCCACCGACCCACCUCUUCUAUACGCAGUAGCAGCGCUCGGAUUUACCAAGGAAAGAUUGGGGCGCGAUGUUGAGAAAUCCGAGAUCGAAAACUUCGUCUAUCGACUAUUGGACAGAGGCGCUUCGGUUCGUCAAGCCAAUCGUUACGCCAAUGAAGAUCAACCUGAUCAACAAUCUUCACCGAAAGUCCUACUUAAGACUGUACUCGGAGCGGCGGCUCCCCAUGCAAGCUAUAGGCUAGCCUCUCGCCUCAUUGCUGAAGGAGCCGAUAUUCACGCCCAGCAGGAGUGGUAUGUGCUGGGCGAAGGUGACGUUAAAAAGGUCACCGCCCUACACAUAGCCAGCGGAUCCUGGAAUCUGGAGUUUAUUCAAGCGCUGGUUGAAAACUAUAGUGAUGGUGAACUUGCCAAAGCAGUCACUGUGGCUGACAGUGAGGGAUGGCUUCCACUCCACUGGGCCCUGUUUAGCCUCCGGAACUCAUUUAUCCAACGAUCAGAGGAGGAAACGAUCUCCAAGGGGCUCAAGAUCGUAGAAUUGUUGCUUGAAGCCAACCCAGAUACCGUCAAUACGCAGGGUCAGGAUGGAGCGGCCUUUAAUUUCGCCGUGGCCGGCAUGGUUGAUGGUGCUGGGAGGCUACUUUUCGUGAAGCUGCUUUUAGACACCAAACCACACGCUAACACCCUGAAUGCUCGGGAUCAGUCGGGCGACACAGCUCUACUCCACGUUCUGAAACACCACGAGGGCUGCAGUUGGAGUCAUAAGGGGUAUUUCAUGCCACUGAUUGACCUUCUCCUUGCGCAUGGAGCCGACAAAAGUCUCUACGAUAAUCAUGGUCAGACCGUGCUACACAAGCUGGCCUCUAGUCCUACUCACAACGAACCAGUCUGCCCUAAUCUACUGGAAGUGCUCAUUCCAUUUGUCGAUAUCAACCAGGCCGACGCGAACAGCUGGACAGCGCUGCAUUUCAUGGCGAGAAACUUACGGCAACUCACAGCGUCUCGUUUGCCGGUCAGUCGAGGUGCAAAUGCCAGUGCGAUCAAUAAAAAGGGAAACACGCCUCUUCAUGAGGCGGUAGGAGGGAGGCUUAUCAGGAGGGGAAAGAAAGACGGUUCACUUGAAUGGCCGACACUUUCAGAGAAGAUCCAGGCGCAGGAUGAGAUCAUUUCGAUAUUGCAAGAAGCUGGGGCCUCGAUGGACCAGCCCAACGUGGCGGGUAAAACGUCGGCAGAGCUUUUAGUGGAUAAACGGGUGCAGUGGGAGAAAGGUCGUGAAUAG